AUGCCAGAGAGAAAAAGGAAGAAAAAUGGAAAACUUACCUCAAAGGGGAAGAAGAAAACCCUGCAACCCAAGCAGCUAGAGUACAGUCCAAAUGGAUUAGUUAACCCCAAUGCCAAAUAUGAAGGAAGCAAAGCGUCACAGAAAAAGCAUAAAAGGAAAAAAGUCCAAAAAGUUUCUUUGAAAGAUAAGAUGAGAUGCAGGGAGAUAGAAGAGAGAGGUGUGUGGGUGCAGUGUGGUUCCAGCAGCUGUAUGAAGUGGAGAUAUCUUCACCACAUUACUGACCCCUCUCAGAUACCAGACCAGUGGUUCUGUUUCUUGAAUACAGAUCCUGAGCACAAUUCCUGUGACAAGGUGGAAGAAGAUUAUGAUGAAGAUGAUGCUGCUUACGAGUUCACUCAGUACACAGAGGGUUCCUUAGUCUGGAGUAAGAUGGAUGGAUAUCCUUGUCUGCCUGCUCAAGGAGACAGCACACUGGAGCCCCAGNUUUUAUACAAACCUGAUACUAGCCACUAUCACGUGGUAUUCUUUGACACCAGGGUCUCCAGAGCCUGGAUAAAAGCUGCCAGAAUGUUGCCUUUCACUGGGAAAGAGGGUGUGGCAGAAAUUGGGCUGCCCAGGAUAAAGGGUCAUGACUACACCAAGGAGGUGAACAGAGCCAAGGAGAUGGCACUUCAGGCUUUGGGGAAGUCUAUUAAGGAGAGGCUGGCAGAGUAUGGUUUUGCUGGGAGGUUUGUUGGUCACUGGGGAACAGAAUCUGUCACCUGUAGUCAAGAUUCUAGUGAAACUAAGAAAAGGAAAAGCUCUAAGAAGCGACAUGGUGAUGUGCCCAGGUUGGAGGACUCGGAGUUUGAUGAGAUGUUGGAGGGAGCACAAGAUGUACUAGACAAUGUGGAACAGGUGCUGGAUGAAUUAAUGUGUAGUCAAGAGAGCUUCACAGGUGUGUAUACAGUCACUGGACCAAUUACAGAACCCUUUCAUUGA